UGACGAACGAAACGUAAUCAAACUGAAAUUGAAUUGUAAGAUAAAACGUACGAGCAAAUGUACGUGAAUAGUAAUUUGCUGAAAAAUAUGUUGCAAGAUAUUUUUGCAAGAUCGACGAUAUAUAAUUUAAAGCGACAAACAAUAGUGUGCUAUGGAAGAGCGAACGUUUGAUAUUGCCCUAAUUGUUUUGCGUGAAUCGUAGCAUUUACAUAUAUAUGUGAUCGGACGUAAGUGAAGCAUGAUUCAGACUGAUGAUGGAUUGACAAAGGAACCGAAGGAAAAUUGUAAAUAGGAAGAUAACGAAGGGGAGAAAAGAACGAGAACGAGAACAGGACAGAAAAGAAAAGAAGUGAUGAAGAGACAAAGAGAUGAAAUGGUAAGGAAAAGGAGGAUAACCGAAGACAAAGAGAAAAGGAAAGAUCGUAAUGAAGGAGGACCAAUGGAGGUGAGAGUCAAAACCCAGCUAUCGUAAUUAAUAGAAAAAGGAAAAGGAAGAGAGAAGGAAAAAGUGGCGAAGGAGCAAAAGCGUGGGGGAAGCUUUUGGAAGGAUGAAAUUGAAGAAGAACAUGAAACGAUGAAACAAGGCGCAAGGUCGUUCGGUAAACAAAGAGAAAGGGAAGGCGAACGCGAAGAGUACACGCAACGAGGCCGUAGGAAAGAAAUGCGAAAGCGAAAGGGGAGAAGGAAAAAAGAGGGAGAAGAGUUAGCGGGAGAAGGAAAACGGCUUGGCGGUUUCGCAUACAUGCAUAAAGUACGUUUAGCGAUGAGGCGUGCAGCACGGUGGCCGAUUCGUUCGCGCAGACUCGGCCAUCUUCGUGCUCUCGCCGGGUUUCCGUAAAGGGAAAUAAAGAAAGGAAGGCGACCAAACGCGCGCGGGUCUCGCGCAAAAAUCAUUAAAACGCGUGCUCGAUUCGCGGCUGCGGCGUCGUUGUCGGCUCGUAGUCGACGAUUUAUUAGCCGGUACAGGGAACGGGUGGAACUCGCCCGCUGCCUCUCAGCCGAGUCGCUUGCUCGCUCGCUCUCUGACUUUCGACUCAACGUCCGUCCGUAAUCUCAGCUUGCAGUCUUUUUUUGACGCACGCGGCAUUUUCUCCACGACAGGAGAGAAGAAACAAACAAAAAAAAAAAAAAGAAAAGAAAAAGAGAAAAAGAAAAGAAAAGAAAAGAAAAGAAAAGAAAAGAAAAGAAAAGAAAAGAAAAGAAAAGAAAAGAAAACGUUGGCACCAGCCAGAGUGUGUCCGCGCGCGCCGCCUUAAUAUUCGUCGUGGCCAUUCUAUUUUCCAUGUUUAGCGACGACGCGUGGAACGAGUCAGAAACGAACGACACGCGGCUCGGCAUGGAGUGGACUCGCGACAAGACCCUCGAGCUACUGCGCGAAUACCAACAGAGACGCGUCCUCUGGGACUGGAAUGCUCGAGGGUAUCGCGACCGUGCCAAACGAAAACGCGCGAUCCAAGAGCUCGCCGAGAUCCUUUGCUGCAACACCCUCGAGAUCGAGAAAAAGAUCACGAAUCUCAAGUGUCAAUACUCAAGGGAGGUUCACAAGAUACAGAACAGCCGUGACACAGCUACCGGGCCCGACGAUGUUUACGUGUCCAAGUGGUUCGCCUUUAAAGCAAUGCAAUUUCUGCAAUUUGGCACGCGUAGAUACAGUAAGAGAAAGAAGAAAGUCGAAGAGGUGACGUCCAAACUGCAAGAGGAGUACAUAGUUAGCGACAUCGAUCCCGAGAGCAUAACCUUCAUAGACUGUAACGAGGAAACGAACGGAUCUGGCUCGCUAAACGCCUCGCUCAGCGAGGACGCCGAGGAAUCGUCGUGCUCGAGCUUGAAAGCGAUGGAGCCGUACAACAACGGUUUGUUGCAAGAUCACUGUAGUCCGGGUUGCGAUCUGGACGAGUCCGAUCAGACAAAGCUGGAGGUGACGGCCGACGAACGGAAGAGAACGAAAGAGGAGUUCGCCAAAUUCGCGGAGAGCAUCGCUGUACAACUAGCGGAGAUCCCAGACUCGUACUCGAGAUCCGUGGCGAAGCUGAGGAUCAAUCAGAUCCUGUUCGAGGCGGAGAUAGGCGUUUACGCGCAAACACGUCGCUAACAAAUGCAAAUGCUUCGUUUCGACAUUUAAAACGGGGCGGGGAGGGACAAUUUGUGCCACGCAAUCGUGGCGAAAUUUUUUUCCAUCGAAAGAGAAAUUUCUGCACUGUAACGCGUUAGAUUGUCACACAUGAUUGUUCGACAUGAAAGAGCGACCAUGUGUUCAUGUACGUUUCGUGGGCAGAUUGAAACUGAGAGGCAAUGCUCUUGCGACUGACCGGAAACGAACGAAUAACGCUGUUUACCGCGCAAUUGAAGCAGUAGAUGUAGAUACGUGUUUUAAUAUUAUGAGAACUAUUGUUAAAUAAUAGCGUGGAUGGUACUUUAAAUGUAUGAUCGAUUCGAUGACGCAUUUUCGAAUUGCAUUAGCGUGUUAUAUUUAAUUCGAAGUUCGUCGAGAAACGACAAUACGAGGACCUAGCGUUUCUGGCUUGUUAAGCUUACAAUUAUUAUCUGUCUACUUCUGAUUUCCAUCUCCGUUUCGAAUUAUAUUUACACGUAUUUACAUGUAUACCGAAUUAUAAAUCGGUUUCGAGUUGUGUGAAAUUCGGAAUCGAUGACCGAGGAUAGUAAUGAAUUUAAAUUUGAAUGAUUUAUUGGUAUUAAUAUUUCGUCCUCGAUUAGGAUAGAUGGUACAAUGAGACUAGAACGAGAAAGUAAUACAUACGAGUUCACAUGUAAUUUACUAGUUGAAUGUAUAGUUGACAAAAAGAUCAUUUAUAUGAAGUUUAAGCCGUUUAGAGACAUUUAGAAAAUUCUUUAUAUUUAAUGUUACGUCUUUUUCUAAUUAAAAUUGGUUCUCUUCUGGGAAUUAAUCGUUCAAGGCCCCGAGAAUAAGCUUGAAUAUUACGGUGGAAAAUCUACGUGUUGUUGUGAAAAUUAUUGUUCUGUAAAAGUAAUAGAAUUUUGUGGAAUUUAAAGAAAUGUUGAAGAAAACUGAUUUGAACUGCUUGGAAACUGAAACUGCUUCUAAGCGCUUCUAGAAGCAGUGUUUCGUUAUAUACGUACAAAAAUGCAUUAUCAAGCGUUAAUGAAAUUUGCAAAAUAUUGAGAUUAAGGAAAAUAUUUUGCAAUUCAAAGCCAGAAGCGCGAUCUGUCAUAAAAGGGUGAAUUUAUAUUAUUUCUCAAUAUUUAAAUGCCUUCUACGUAUCAAAAAUAUUUUAACAGGCACGUUAUCGUCUAGGACUCGAUUUAUAAAAAAGACUGUAUUUUAAACAACGCUAUUUUUCGCAAUACAAUUUUGUUCGUUUGUAAGGAUGAUCCAAAUAUUUUUUAAGCGAUCUUUGGUCGAUCGAACGUUAUACACAAUUAUAAAACGAAAUGUGGGUAUGUGAUUUUAAAUGAGAAAAUAAGUCAAAAGUCUAUGACAUUUGAGUCAGGUUGAAUGGAAUAACGAAACUCGCUGUAAUAUUUAAAAAAAGAAAGAAAUUGAUGAGCUUAUAAAUGUUAUAGAAUAUAUCCAGUUUAAACUGUUUGUAAUUCUUAACUAUUCGUGAUUGUCCAGUUAUUGAAAAAAAUACAAAAAAUUUAUUCAGACUAGUAAAAGUAGCACUAAGUAUGUUUUCUUCUUUUUCUUUUUUAUGUAAAUAACAUUGUUAUAUUUUCAAUGUAUGUUCUUAAAUUUUUACGCAACUCAAAUUUGUUAUAAAAAAUUGCACGUUCGAAAGAAAGUUGAUGCCCAAUUGUAAAUAUUGAUUUGAUCGUUGCGAAAUAUUUUAAUGCACAGAUAUUGUGAUACUAAACGUACUUUUUAAAAUGACAGCGAUAUUCGUCAUUUGUGUAACCUGUCUCAUGAUUUAAAUCUAGAUUGUAAUAACUGUGUAGGUAUGUAUGUAUUCUAUUGGUAUUCUUUCAGGGCUUUAAGUAGUGGACGCGUAGUAACUAAUUUUAUAUAUAUAUGUAAUGAAUUAUUUUUUAUCGAAAAAAAAUCCCUCCGUAAAAUCGAAAAUAAGUUAUUUUUAAAUUAACUACGUUAAUUUUUAUCUUAGGAGCAAACUGUAUUGUAUUUCAUAUCAUAUUAAAUUAGGCUCUUUGUUAAUAUGUAGCUAGGUAAUAUAAAAAUGAAAUUAGAUAGUAAUAAUUAUACACAAAAUUCAACAGUCUCCGGUGUAUGUCUUUAUAAUACGUACGUACAUUAUUGUUCCUCAUUCUGCGAUAGUUUUCUAUCAUUGUGAUUUCAUUUAGAAUAUUUACGUACAGUUUUUUAGAAUCUUUUUACUUAAAUUUUAAGAUUAUUCUUAUUCGAAACGAAUCUUCGCACGAUCAAAUACUCUGUUUCUUUGUGAGUUUACGUUUUUAUGAAGUCCUCGAAUUAUUGCCAGAGGCAUAGAUAUUAUUUCUUCUCCGAGCAAAUCUCUUUCUUCAAAUCUUAAUAAUUUCAUUGCCAUAAGUAAUUUCGAAUCAUCUUACUUAUUUUGAACACAUGGAUAAUUUGAACAACAGAUAGUACAGAAACUUUUAAAUAUAUCCUUUCCAAGAUAUAUUUGAGUGAGCACUUUGGAAAUAAAAAUUGACAAUGUCACAGUGUAACUGUUGUAAUAGUUGACGAUUGAUAGACACAGAAAUACCUAUCACAAUAAAAAAUUAUAAAACUAAAGUUUG